AUGGCCCCUACUAAGAAAAACCAGCACUAUCACGAUGACUGUGGUUUGUCGGAAAACGAAGUGCGCUCGCUGCUCAUCGGCAACGACGGCAACCUUACCCGUGACUUUGAGACUGUGCUCACGCGUCUGUUCAUUUCGUACUUGGACAAGCCCACGGACACGAGUCUGACGCUGGACAAACUCCGGUCAUUCAGCAAGAUCUGUAAUAAUGGCAAGCCCUUCCAGGAUGCGGAGAUCAAAGAGAUCCAGACCUACUUCCAGUGUGACGAGAAGAAGGGGCUGACGCUUAAGGGCUUUAAAGACAUGUACCAUACGCAAUCUAGCGCCGAGCCCAUGGAGACCUGGCGAGACAUGAAGAAGCUUGGCUUCCAACAGGAGCUGAUUGAGAAGCGCCAAGCGGGGCUGCGCUGCCAAGUGUGCAAGGAGCCGUCUGAGCUCGUGUGCUCGCGCUGCAAGACAGUGCGAUACUGUGACGCCGAGUGCCAGAAGCAGGACUGGAAGACCUCCCACAAGCAGAAAUGCAAACCAUCCUUGGCCUAA